ACAUCUUCCGCUAGAAGCACAUUUGGCGCACUUUCACGAGCGUAUAAUUAGAUGUGCUUUGUAAAUAAUAUAAUAGUGUAUUUUAUUCGAAUAGUGUGUAUUUAUAUAAUUUUUGUGUCUCCGGAAUUUUUGGUAUAAAAUACUGCAUUGUGUGCGCGUAAUAUAAUUCGCAAUUGUUUACAAUGUUAGAAUAAAAGCUGCUAGUUGAUUAUGUGUAUAUUAACCUCAAUACUCGUCGAUAUUUUAUUUCUGUAUGCGAUUAAUUGGACAUAAAUAGCACAAAGUGAGUGUUUUGAAAGGAUCUAUUAUUUAUAUUUAUUUGUAGUUGCUCAAUUAUGAAUCCUGAUAUUCAGGAAAAGAUUUUCAAGUUUGAAACGUUUGUCAAUGAUGUGUUGAAGAAGGAUCUUGCUAUAUUAGAGCAGAAACUCGAUACUAAGAAUGGAGAAAUUGCAGAGUUUCUUCAGUUAAAGGGUAUGAUAACUACCAUCCAAAACAAUGGCUUUGAUAAAAGUGGCUUUAAAACUCAAGUAGAUAUUGGACAAGGUUUCUUUAUUGAAGCACACAUUCCCGAUGCUUCUACAAUUCUAUUGGAUAUUGGUUUAGGGCAUUAUAUGGAAUUUUCUUUACACGAUGCUCUGGCUGUUAUCAAUGUUCGAAUUAAACUACUGGAGCAGCAAAUUAAACAUUUCCAUAAAGAGAUAGCCAAUACAAACGCUCACAUCAAACUAAUUCUCCUAGGCAUUAGAGAAUUGCAAGGGUUUGAUAACUGAGUACAAAGCAUAUUUUGUACUGUGUAAUUUUAUGAUCUUUCAUGUAUACAUAUUUCUCUACUAAUUUUUGUACAUAUUGAAGCUUUAAAUAAAUGUCAAACGACAUUGAAACACUUA